AUGGCAAUUUGCGCUGGUUGUAAUAAUGCAAUAUUGGAUCGUUAUGUCUUCCAUGUCCUCGAGAAAGCUUGGCAUGCAAACUGCAUUCAGUGCGCAGAUUGCAAAGAACUGCUGAGUGAAACUUGCUUUACCCGGAAUGGUUUAAUAUUAUGCCGGAAAGACUUUGCAAGAAGGUAUGGUACACGUUGCGCCGGGUGCAAUAUGGGCUUAGAUCGAAAUGAUCUGGUGAGGAGAGCUCGUGAUAAGAUUUUCCAUGUACAGUGCUUCCAGUGUACGGUAUGUCAGAAAAAAUUAGACACCGGUGAACAGCUAUAUAUAUUGAAUGGGAAUCGAUUCGUUUGCAAGCAUGAUUAUCUUGCUAAUCCUGAUUUAUUCUCCGGUGGUGGUAGUUCAGAAUGUGGCUCUGAGGACAUCGAUGAUGACUGUGAUGCAGCAAGUGAUGACAUUGAGGAAUCAAAUUCAGUGGAACCACAAGAAAUCAUCGGUAACGGUGAAUCACUGCUAGCAAAUAAGCUGGACGACAUGUCGGCCUCAGCAAAGAGACGAGGACCGAGGACUACCAUUAAGGCCAAACAGUUGGAUACUUUGAAAGCAGCUUUUGCUUCAACACCCAAACCAACUAGGCAUAUCAGGGAGCAAUUAGCACAAGAAACCGGUCUUAACAUGCGAGUAAUACAGGUAUGGUUUCAAAAUCGACGUAGUAAAGAGAGAAGAAUGAAGCAAUUACGGUUUGGUGGUUAUAGGCCAAUACGACGUAGUAAAACAUCAGCGAGGGAUGAAUUAUGUGUUCCGCAGGGUGAUAUAUAUUCGCAUGGAGUUAAUAAUGAUGGAUUUUAUGGUCAAUUGCCAUUGUCAUUUUUUUGUGAUGGUUACGGAUCGGUUGGUCCGGAUGGAACACCACCAACAGCAUUGCCGCAUCCAUCCUUCAUUAUGCCAUCGGAAGCACAACCGGUACAUGUUGAUCAGUCUAAUUCCGAUAAUACAUUCCUUGAGGAAAGUUUACGACCUCCACAUAGCUCACCAAAUAUGCCAUUAGCUGCACAGGAUGAAACAUAUCGGCCGAUACGUGGAUUAUACCCAUCAUCGGAAAUUAAACCGGUAGUACCAGGAUGGUGA